AUGACCGUUUUGCCAAAAAUGCGCGAACUCCCGUGGACAUCUAGUACCUUUCGAAUGGAAUUUCACUGGCGGCAAAGGAUGUCUGAAGACGACACACUCCCACAAUAUUUCUACCGAGUGUUUGAUGAGCAGUCUUGUUCCCAGUUAACUCGUUCUGGCACCUUUGUGGCCAGCAUACUUAUGCUGUCUACAACCGCAACCAUCGGAAUGCCCGAGGCUGUUUCGAUUGCGAAGAUCGACAGCUCGCAGCUCGAAAGAGAAGGCACGUAUGUGUACUGGAUGUGCGAUCUUGUUGAAUAUACCGGCGCGUAUAUCAAACCUGAAGCAAUGAACAAACAUGAAUUUCUAUGUGUUGGCCUCAUUCCAGCCAACGCGGUCAUUCAAUGCUUUACACUUGGCGAUGACGAUGAUUCAGACGAUGAUUAUGAUUCAGAGUCAGACGAUGGCAAUUAA